UGGUAGCUUCACACUCGUUUUUCUUAAAAUAAUAGACAAAUUGUGAUUUAUGACGCACGAUAAUAAGUCUGUAGAACCAUCUUGGUAUUUGCAUAGUGCAGCAGGAGCAUGCAGUGGUGCAAUUACUCGUAUGCUUGGACAACCUUUUGAUGUUAUUAAAAUUAGAUUUCAGUUACAAGUUGAACCUUUAUCUAAAAAUUCAUUUAUAUCCAAAUAUAAAUCUAUUUCUCAGUCUAUUUACCUUAUAAGUAAAGAAGAAGGAUUUAAAGCAUUGUGGAAAGGACAUUUACCUGGUCAAUUAUUAUCGAUUACUUUUGGUUUUACUCAGUUUGUUGUUUUUCAACAAACUCUUGAUUUUUUAUCUAAAAGAGAUGAUGAAAUAGUAAAAAGUAAAAACUAUGAAAUUCAUUUUGUUAGUGGUGUCAUAGCCUCAACAACAGCAACAGUAGUAUCUUAUCCAUUUGAUGUAAUGCGGACUCGAUUAGUUGCACAAAAGUCCAAUCAGAUGUAUAUUAAUAUGAGACAUGUGUUUACAUCAAUAUACAAAACUGGUGUAUUUCAAUUCUAUAGAGGUCUUUUUCCUUCAUUGAUACUAAAUUCAAUGCAAGGUGGUUUCAUUUUUUCAUUAUACAAUGGAAUCUCAAAUUUAUUAGUUACCAAUACUAGCAUUAAUAAAAGUAAUAGUAAUGAAAAUUUAAAUGGUCUAAAACAAUUCAUGUCUGGAUUUUUUUCUGGAAUUCUAUCUAAAACUUGUGUAUAUCCUUUUGAUAUUUUAAAAAAACGAUUACAGUUACAAGAUUUUGUUGAACACCGUAGUAAUUUUGGUGAAGUUGCACAUGAUAAAGGAAAUAAGUUAGUUUAUCCCCAAAAUGAGUUAUCUCUAAAUUAUAAUAGACAUUUCAAUUUUCUCUAGUUGAGUCCAAGGGAAAUAUGUCUACCAUGAUUAUAUAAGAGGGGUAGUGGGUUCUGUCGAAAUUUAAUUGAAGUUUAUUACUCAAGUUUAUGAAACAAAAUAAUGUAACAAAUUGUAAUAUAUUCAACAUAAAGAAAAUAUAUUUAAUUGUUAUUAAUAAAAUGUUAACUUUUAAAAAUUACAUUAAUUAAUGUAAUAUUCUUAUAUAUACUGGAAUAAAACGAAACAACAUUUUAUAUUUUAUUAUACUUAUAUUAGAUUGCGUAACAUUGAACAGAGUUAAAUAAUCUAAAAAAUGACAUGACUUAUAUAAAGAAGUAACGUGUUGCACACUUUGACAUCAAAAAGAAUCUGACUAUUAUCUUUGUGAUAACAGAUAUCACACUUAAGUAGCAUCCUUCAUUUUAUAUGAAGGUCCCAACAGGUGGCUAUGAAUUUUUCAUAUUGUCCAUAACUCUCUGUAGGAUAUGCACCUUGAUGGCUGUAAUUUCUUGUUUAAUGUUUUCUUUUAACUCUAAUAGAGUAUGUGGUAUAUUAGUGAACACUUUCAGAUUUCAAAAAACCCCAAAAAAGAAAUCAAUAGAAUAUGGUGGCCAGGCAAUAUUACCAUUGCGCAAAAUUGUAAGAUUUGGAAACAUUCUUUAAAGAAUAGUUAUUGAAUGAAAUACUCUCUAUAUGGCUGGUAGUACAAUCUUCUUGGAACCAUAGUUUGUGAUCUUGUACUCUUAAUUGCUGUAAUCCAGCUGUAAAGAAAUUGUUCAACAUUUUCACAUAAUGUACAGCUGUUACAAUCACAGUCAUAUUGUUUUCUUCCAAAAAGUAUAGACCCAAAUAACCAGACAUACACCACACCAUACAGUCACAAAUAAUAGUUUUGUUUGUUAAUCACACCACAUAAAUGAAAAUAUUCUUCAUUUGACAUAAUCAAAUUAGACAAAAUUGCAUGAUUUUCAUCUAAUAAUUGCUGAAACAUUUUACAAAAUUCAACUCUUGUACCAAAAUCAUUUGCAAGGAGUUGUUACACUAUCUGAACUUAAUAUGUAAUUAGUUUACAAUCACUGUGUAAAAUUUUUCAAAGAGUUCUGUUAGAUAAGUUCGAGGGCACAACACCCUCUGUUCUCCAAGCAGAGGUGAUGGUGAUACUGAUAGGGUCUCAGAACUUGCUGGUAUACAAGAAAAGAAAGAUAACUAUCUUAAGUGAUAGUCAAGCUGUUCUGAAAGCACUCUGUAACGACCAGGUGAAUUCAAAGCUAGUCCUCAAAUGUAGGGAAACUUUAGAAUCACUAUCGAGGUUCAACAAAGUUACACUAGCGUGGGUACCAGGAUACAACGGUGUCACUGAAAAUAAAAAACCUGACUUUCUAUCUAGGAAAGGAGCAGAGAACAUCUAUGUUAGAUUAGAACUAGUUGUAGGACUCACUGAGCAAUCGCUCAAAGUGCUACCCAAGAAUUGGUGCAGAGAACAACACACGAAAAUCUGGAAGUACUUGGUAGUACCUAAACCAGGAGUCGGCAAUUAAUUUUUAAGGAGGUCCCGGAAAUUUGAAAAAACAAGUCGAGGUCCAGAACAUCAAGUCUAAAAUAUUAGUUAAUAAAUGUAUUAAUUUUUGUAUUUAAAACACACUUACAAUACAAACACAAACAUACAAUUUUAUGUUUAAUGAGCGAAAUGGCAUACUUUGUCCUGGGCUAGUUUUUUAAAAUUUGGGGUUCUUAGAGAAAAACUAAUACGGAGGGCGUUUUCAAGGUGUUUAACGGUUAGCCUCGAUCGAUAUUUGUUCUUAAGAAAUGAUAUUUUGGAAAAGGAAGAUUCGCAUAUAUAUGUUGAGCCAAACAUAGUAAUUAAUCUUAUUGCCAGUUUUUUGCAAUUCGUAUACUUCACAUCCAACACAUGUUUUGCCCAAAAAUCUUCAGUAGAUUUAGUUUUGUAUAUUUUUAAUGAAAUAUCUUCUUGCAAGUUGAUAAUUUCCAUUUGAAGAGAAGAUUUUGGAAGUCUGAACAACUUCGUUGCUACGUCAGUCCAUUCUUCCGUUGGAGAAACUCCGUAAGGGUUUUUUUAAAAAUUGCGACAGUUUUUCAAUCUCUGUAAAAUUGUUGAAUCUAUUACUAAAUUCUUUACCAAGAUCUGUCAAAAAACUUAAAAACACUUUGCAGUCUAUGUCGGAAUUUGUUUUAUAUUCAAGUAUUAUUGGAAAAUGAAUAAAUUCUUGAUUUUUAAUAUCUUGUUCAAAUAACUUUAGCUUUCGGCGAAAAGCAUAUACACUUAAUAUCAGAUCGCAUAUUAACUUUUUAUUCCCUUGUAACUCAGUAUUAAGUGCAUUUAAAUAUUCAAGAAUGUCUUUUAAAAAAGCCACAGCAUAUUGCACUCGUUUGUUAAGAAUUUUUUAUACUUCCUUGCUUCUUCCAUAUCCAAGUUUACCAAGAACGCUAUUACUUCUCCUUUUACAUUCCAAAAACGUUCGAUCACUUUACCUUUAUUUAACCAACGAACAUUGUUGUAUUGAAGUAAAUCCGAAUACGACGAAUCACAUUCAGAUAAAAACUGUUUAAAUUGCCUGUGCUGAAGAGAGGAUCGAGACCGCAUAAAAUUAAUUAACUUAAUCAAAAGCCGCCCAUUACGCCCUUCAGUGUUGUACUGAGUUUGCCACACAAGAAUGUCUGAUGAGUUAUGCAUUGAUAUAAAAGUAUUUCAGCAUUCUUAUCCUUAAUUCUCUUAACAAACCCCUUUACUUUGCCAAUAUCACAGGAGCACCAUCGAUUGAAAUAGACACGAUUUUAUCAUAACUUAUAUUUGAUUUAAUCAUAAAGUCGUCAAAAGUUUUGAACAAAUCUUUUUCACGAGUCUUGCCUUUAAAUGACAGUAAUGUCAGCAACUCCUCUCUAAAUACUCUACUUUCAACGUCAAAAAACCGCAUAAAAAUUGACAUCUGCUCAGAAUCAACAAUAUCACAGGAUUCAUCAAGUGCAAUUGCGUAGCAUGAUGCCUUCUGUAAAAUGUCCUUACUGGCAAUGUGUAACAAUAUUGUUCAGUCCACUCAGCUUGGAACUUUCUGUUUUCAUUAUCAACUUUACGUAUUUUGGAAAACAUAUUAAGCACAAUAAAAACAUAUAUAAAAUUAAUAAUUCGUUAAAAAAUAACAUAACGGACGCGAUGACGAUUGCACACGAAUUACAGGUAUGUAAGUAAUAUUACAUUUAAACACGACGGACGCGUUGCGAUGAAAAUUUCAAAUGUUAUAUUGAUGUGUUAUUAGGGCUGAGGUUUAUUACUAUAAACGGCGAUAACAAUGAAUGCUAUCGUAAUCACCUGAUAGAACACAAAAAUAGAUAAAAAAUUUUAUUAGGUGCGUAUUGUUUAACAAGUUAUUCUGGGUUUACACAGACAGUAUUUUAUUUUUCACAAAUAUUGAAAAAAAACAGUAUUAAAGUAAAAUAUUUUUGGCGGUCCAAUUAUUUCCCCUCCGCGGGCCGCCUAUUGCCGACCGCUGACCUAGACAAUCUAAAAUGUUUAUCAAGACCUCCGGUCUACUGCUGGGUGAUCUUAAUAGUAUGACUAGACAUUAAAUAAGCAAUUUGAUUGGUCUACUAACAGGACAUGGUCACUUGUUUAAACAUCUUUACGCAGUGGGGGUAUCGGAAUCACCAUUGUGCUGGAAGUAUGGAGUAGAAGAGGAAGACUCUUUUCACAUAAUGUGCGAAUGUGAAGCCUUGUCCACACUAAGAUUAAACUACUUGAGUAAACCUUUUCCUGAAAAAGACGAUAUUAAAAACCUAAGACCAAGAGAGAUACUUAAUUUUGUCAGAAAGACAGGACUCUUUGGUCAUCUACAGGGGGUCACUUGGUCCUUAUACAAUUAUAGGUUUAAUGUAAUAACACUUCGGUGAUAACCUAGGUAUGUAAACCGAAUGAAGACAAAAUUUAUGAUACCAUUCUAAGACUGAAUUCUGUAAAGAAAUAGGACUACCAACAGGAAUAUUGAAUUGGCGUCGAAAAUUGUGUUGUUUGGUUUCAAUAAGUUUACAAUUAAUAAAUGUCAUUAUGGCAAAAACGCGAUGAUUAAGAAGCAACGUGUCCAUGAUUACUGAAAGUAAUACUAAACAUCAUGAAUUUUUAUCUGGCAACAAACUAAUUUAUCUUAUCUAGUUUACUUCCAAACCAUAGCACUAUUUAAAUCGUCAAAACCUACUGACCCCCGUGUGUAUUGUAUUAUACAUUAUUACAAAUGCUCUCAAAAAUUAAUUUUAUUAGGAAUUAAGAAGAGGUCUUAUUUGAUAUAAGUUUUACAUUAUUAUAACAAAUGAUUUUAUAAUAGUGAUAAAAAUCACUGUAAAUCUAAUAAUUAUAAUAGUGACUACCUAAUACCUAAGAUUUCUAAUUUAAAAUAUAUACAUUUAUUGAUUAUCAAUAGAUAGAAAAUCAAAGGACACACUUAUAAAUCUAGUACGAAUAUUAAUUAUUUCCACAAAUAAUAAGGUAUUAUGUUCAAAAUCUAAUAACUAAACAUUGCAAAUAAGUGUUUUUUGAAAAAGAGUAAAAUCCCUUUAGUACAAUUGAUUUAAAUAAUUUACAUUUCUA